AUGUCAUCCAAAGCGAUAAUUAUGGUUGGUGGCGAUACCCGUGGAACGCGGUUCAGGCCUCUUUCGCUGGAUAUAGCCAAGGUUUUGUUUCCGAUAGCUGGAAAGCCUAUUCUUUCCCACAUCAUUGACUCAGUCUUGCUGGUCCCCACGGUUACCGAGAUCUUACUGAUAGGGUUCUACGAGGCCUCUACAUUCAGCGAUUUUAUUCACGAUUAUCAGGUCAAAUUCAGGUUCCAAAAGAGAAAAAUCUCCAUCAAGUAUUUGCGAGAAUUUAAAGCGCUGGGCACGGCCGGUGGAUUGUACCAUUUCAGAGAAGAGAUCCUCCGAGGUAACCCAAUCAACUUCUUUGUCAUCCAUGGAGACAUUGUUUGUUCGUAUCCUUUAGUUGACAUCUACAAUUUCUAUGAGUCAAAGCAGAACUUCGAAAAAGUGGAUGCGGUGAUUUUUGGCGUGAAAAUUCAGGAUUACAAUCUUUUCCUCGCACUGAAUGGGCCUGAGUUCUCCUCGUCGGGUGCCAAUUUUGGCACCAUUGUGAGUGACAAUCAUGGCAAAGUUGUGCACUACGUUGAGAAACCAGAGUCGAAGAUCUCGAACGUGAUUAAUGGUGGUAUCUACAUGUUCAACGAGAGGUUGUUCAGACGGUUGUCCAACGCCAAGAUCAGCAAGAUCAGCAUUGCCAACGAUGUGGCCCAUCCUGAAUUCGUUGACGAGGACGUGAUCUCUUUGGAAGAGGAUAUUCUGAAAGAUCUGCCGGAAUCAAGCACUACGUACGUUUACGAAUACAAAGGGUUUUGGAAACAGGUCAAGACGCCUUCUGGUGCUCUGUUUGCCAACGAAUUGUAUCUUGAUAAGGUGUAUCAGAGCCGUCAUCGUCAGAUAUUUUCCAACGACGAAAACAAGUCCAAUUCUGCCUCCUCAUCUUCCGGCGAGGAUGAAGAAGGAGUGGUGAUUUUGGCUAAGCCAUCUGCCAACAUCGUUCCUCCCGUCUACAUCCAUCCUUCUUGCGCCAUAGCAGAUGAUGUGAAGAUUGGGCCCUACGUCUCGAUUGGUGAGAAUGUGACCAUCGAAAAGGGCGCGAGGAUAUCAAACUCGAUUAUCUUACCAAAUACAGAGAUCCACGCCCAUUCCAUCGUUUUGAAUUCGAUUAUUUCGUACGGAUGCAAGGUGAAGGAAUGGUGUAGGAUAGAAGGAACUGGGGUCAACCUGGCCACGCUUAAUGAAAUCGUCAGAAAGGGCCCCAAGGCACUGGGGAAACUCAAGUCGGCGGUUACUGCUCAGCAACAGGUAAUUGGAGUGAGGGACACGGGAAACAUAUGUAUUUUGGGAUCAAAUACUGUGGUUUCAGACGAUUGCUAUGUCUUGAACAGUUUCAUUCUGCCAAAUAAGACGAUCAAGCAUGAUGUGAAGUAUGAGAUUAUCAUGUAA